UGGUUCCGGGCUCGACGCUGCGGAGUUUCCGAGUUGCAUAUUGUGGCUUCUAGUGCUUUGUUGCGCAGCCCUGAACAGUGAUGAUGGACAGUCGAUGUUGCAAGGAAGAUAGACUAGCUAAUGAGGUAACGUUACUUUUAGUCCGAAAAGUUGAGACAAAACACGACGGUCCCUUGUCCACUGUGGACGGGCAGGCCGCUCAAAUAACGUAAGAUGGUGCCCUCUGUCGGAGAUGUUGCUAAAGCUGGAGUGCUGGUGCACUCGUUGCUUUUACGCUAGCAGCUAUCAAACCUUAAAACGCUAUGUCUGACCUAUGCUCACCCGCCCUUUGUAGGAGCCUUGAACAGCGAGUGAAAAGGAUCGAGGAGAGGCUUGGCAUCCCUCUGGAAGGGGUAUCAAAGGCAGAGGAUGCCUCGAGCUCCAGUGCAUCUGCCCCUCCCGCAUUCCAGGCGCCGGCUAAGGAGAAGGAUCUUCCCGAUUCCCGCGUCGAGGCAGAGGGAAUCGGCUUUGAUUCCGCAGUUAUCGGAGUGGACGGGAGCAAACUUGGCCAUGAGGUAGCCGAUGAGGAUGACGAUAAUAUGACCUCUCGAAUUAUCACCAGUCUCUUGCAACCAGAUAGAGACAGCUCUCAGUUCCCUGGGGUUUGGUCAGGUACCACUGGACUGGGCGGCAUAACAUGUCCUCAGCUCCAGGCAUUCUUGCCACCCUACUCACGGGCAGUCGAGCUUGUCGAUUAUUAUCAGGAACAUGUUGGUUGGGCUUAUUGCUUGCUGCAUAUGCCAACGCUGAGACGUUAUCUCCUUGAGACUUACCAACAGUUGGGGGCGGGAUAUACACCGAAUCUCCCAAUUCUUGCUCUCAUUUGUGCAGUAUUUGCGCUGGCUAAGUUCUUCUCCCAGUCAACCUCGGCCUUCAGUGCAUCCGACACAUCUCGAGACAAACCUCAUCGGGAGUAUAUCGGGAUGGCUAGUCAAGCUUUAGCAGAGGCCAAACAUUUGGAACACCCUACUGUGGAGUCUAUCCAAACCGGCAUCUUGAUUGGUAUCUGUUUGCUUGUCAACACAGGAGCUAUCCGCUCGGCCAGAGCCCUCGCGGGUUCCAUGUAUAUGUCCGCCCAGGCAUUGGGUCUACAUCAGUUGGACUCAGCGAAAAACAAAAGACUGCGCCAGAAAGGCCCAUAUGAUAAAUUGGACCUGGAGAUUAAACGGCGUCUCUGGUGGCACAUUGCGUCCACGGACUGGUAAGAUGUCAAUCAUCCCACAGAAAUAUAAAUCAUGUUGAAGCUAAAAUGCGGUAUAGGGUAUAUGCAUUCAUAUCAGGACCUCAGUUGGGUGUUUAUAUAGUGCAACCUGAUCAGAUGCAUGUGGAUCUGCCGAGUAAUGCGGAUGAUCACGAAAUAACACCAACUACUUGUCCGAACAAGCCCCUGACUGAGCCAACAGAGGUAACCUAUCUUAUCCUUCGAUGCAAACUCGUCAGGCUCUUUGUGGACUUCAUGGAAACUGCCAAUAGGGAAGGUGUAGGAAUUCAUGAACUGGAAUACGAUCAGAUACUUGCAUUUGACAAGAAAAUCAACAAAUUCCUCGCCGCGCUACCGUACUUUUUCCAAGUCGAGACCGAGGGCGAAGGUUUUGCAGAAUUAGAAAAGAAACGAGAAGAACUGGACAAGCAACGGCCCUACAUGAAAUGGCAGCGACUGAUGGCCCAGUUUGGAGCCUGCACAAGGAUAACCCGUCUCCAUAGGCCGUAUCUUGCUCUUGGAGCUCGUGAUCCCCGCUAUGCAUACUCCCGUAUGGCAUGUAUCAAGUCGGCCCGGGUGGUACUCGAGAUCGAACGGCGCAUGAGAAAUAGCG